AUGCCUUCCAUUCAUACAGUGAUUGUUCACCCGAUCGUUUUACUGGGGAUAACGGAUCAUGUGAAAAGAAUGUCAACAAUGACGAAGGGUCGUGUAGUCGGCGUUCUUUUGGGUUCAUGUAGAAAUGGAGUUGUGGACUGUUCAACUUCAUUUGCUGUUCCUUUUGAAGAAAACAAGGAAACAAAUGUAUGGUUCCUCGACACAGACUAUUUGGAGAAGAUUGAAAAAAUGCAAAAGCGAAUCAAUAGUGCCUUCUCUUUAAAAGAGAAUAUUGUGGGUUACUACAGCUCGAGCAGCAAAUUAAACGCGAUUGACCUUGAAAUCGAUCAAAUGUUCCGUAAGUAUUGCAAUAAUCCCGUGAGCAUUAUAUUCUUAACACUGGACAUCCACAACAGCGUUGGUGAUGUUCCUGCCAAGGGUUAUAUUACGCAAGAGGUGAUUGACAAAAAUGGAAAGGAGGGAGAGCGUAUGUUCUUCCAGCUGAACGUGAAGAUCGAGGGUCUUCCCAUCGAAGAGGCUGGCGUUCAGCACGUUCUUCGGAGCGUUCGCGACGCUUCCAUGGUGUCAAUUUACAACCAAAUCAACGACAAAAUGGUCUCUCUGCGAGGGAUCGAAGACCGCAUUCACACGAUCAUCGAGUACUUGGAGCACUGCUCCUCUUCGAAUCCUCCGAACUCGGAGAUCAUGAAUCACAUCCAGACCUUGCUGAGCAGUCUUCCGAAUCUGCACUUGGAAGCGAUCCAGGAGGCGAUCGCGGCCAAAACGAACGAUAUUUACAUGCUGUUGUAUCUGAGCUCGCUGGUGCGAACGGUGGUGUCGCUGCACGAUAUGGUGAAGGUGAAGGAGGAAUCGCUGGAGAAGAAGGUGAAGGAGAGCAAUGUGAUCGAGACGAGUAGCGAUGACGAUGAUUUCUAUAUGCUGUUUUCGAGUGUUUGUAAAUCAAACAGAACAGAAUCGCUCGUACAGAGCCACGCACGCCACUGUCUUCUCGUGUCCUGUGUAGUGCCGAAUCACUCGACCCGAUCGCAGAUCCCAUAG